CAAUCUCUUCUUUGCGCUGUAUGUCACGACCAGUCCGCCAAAUACACCUGUCCCCGAUGUGCGACGCAGACUUGCUCGUUUCCAUGCUCAACCAGACACAAAUCUAUAGGCGACGGCUGCUCUGGUGUCCGGAAUAAGGCCGCAUAUGUGCCCAUAAAUCAGUACGGGUACAUGUCCCUGAUGAACGAUUACACUUUUCUCGAGGAGAUGGGUCGGAAAAUCGGGGACUGGGGCCGCGAGAUUGUGCAAGGGGGCUACACGGCUGGUGGUGCAGAUAACAGACGAGGUCGAGGAGCCGUGAGCAUGCGGGGCCGGGGCAGCCGAGGUGGCCGAGGAAUGGCUGGUGGAGGAAAGAUCAGAUCAAAACGGGAUGUGUUGAAAAUGCAGCUCGACUUUCGGGACAUCGAGAUGGAGCUCCUACCGACGGGCAUGGAAAGACGCAUUCUCAACCAGUCGACAUGGGAUUUCAAAAAUAAAACUGCACUCUUCACGGUCGAAUUCAAAUUUCAUCCUCCCCCAGAUCCCCUCGCAGGCCCUGCAGAGCCACAGGAUCAACCGUUUGUUCUUUUGACCCAUAGGAACCCAAUUGACAAGACACUUUUGGCCACCUUGCAGUCGCAGGUUGCUGACCGUAGCAAGUCAAAGAAGGGCGAACCCGUCCCGCCAUGGCUCAAGCCGCUUGUGAUACCUGAGCCGAACGCUCCCGAUGCAUUCACUCCUCCUACCUGCGUAAUGCGUACAUCCUUAGACCCCCUUGCGUCCCUGAGUGCACAUGGCAGCACCAAUCCACGUCCGGGGCACAUUAUAUGUCAAGGCUACUACCAACUCGAUCCAGCACAGACACUAGCGUCGGUCUUGAAGCACAAGAGUUUCGUUGAGUUCCCGACAAUCGAAAUCUGGGAAGAUGGCGCGUUCCACGGUGCAAUAGUUGACGACCAGGGCGCACUCUUAGGUGACACGGAGGAGCCUCGGCAGAAACGGCAGAAACUGAGUGCAGGAGAGAGCAGGAAGGCUAUGUCAGGUCUUCUUGGUGGAUACGGCAGCGAGGAAGAUGCGGAAGAGCGGAACGUCAUGGAUCUACUCGGCGGGUACGCGGGAAGCGACGACGACGAGGAAGGCCAGCAGGCUGAACCCGCGCCGAUGGCCAGUGAGGACGACGGAUUGGGAGAUGAGGAUGCCGAGGGCGAGACGGACGAUGAGCUAGAAGCCCAGCCGGAAGACCUUGUGGCGCUGCUGGAGCAAUUGCGGCAG